CUGUUUGGUUGAUGAUCAAUACUAGAUAUAUUUUCUUUCUCCGUUGAGAGCUGAGUCUAGCCUUUUGGGAUUUGACGUGCUUGAGGAGAAGAAUGUGGACUUAUCGAAUAAGAUAGAGGAAGGGUUUUGGACCAAUUAAAUGAACUGCUGGGGAUUCUGUCAAUUACAGAUAAUUGGAUGUACGAACUGAUUAAUGCUUUUGCUGUAUCUCUCGGGUCCCAGAAAAUUGAUUGUUUAUAUGGAUGGGUUGCAUGUCUUGGUGAAAUCAAGUGCUGAAGAUUGUCGAGAUCUAAAGAAGCGAUGGAAGCCAUUAGAGAGAGUGGAAGACAUUCUUGAUAAAUCCGAUUGUGUGUGCUGUCUUUGAUUAUUACAUGGGGCAGGCAGAGUUUCUUUUGCAGUAUUCAUUUCCUUGGGAGAAAGUGGAGAUGGUAUCUGGAAGUUGUCCCCGCUUAUAUACGGAGUGCAUAAACUUCAUCUUAAGCUUCUUAUUGAUUUGCUUGGAUUUGUGCUCAGGGAUCUCAUUAAUUAUUGCCUCAACAUCUUCUACGUAAGUCCAAGGUAUAUAUGUAUGGUACAUGUCUUAUUUUAUCAUCACUUCACUUCACUUCACUUCUACCUCAUAGGUAUGAAGUUGCUGACUUAUCCUCGCACUAAUUAACAGUUGUAACCCUUACCACACAAGUCAGCUUCUUAGAGGAGAUAAAGAAGGAACUUGAAGAUCCCAGUACAAGGCCUGUGAGAACAAUGGAUAGAAGUUGGAUACAUGAGCCUAAUAGAUUGAGUGCUAAGUUUUUGAAAGGGCUUUAUAAUUUUAUUCUUUUUGCCAAAGCUUCCGCGAGAGAUGGAAGAUUUGCUUGUCCUUGUCGAAAGUGUGUGAACAUGCAUCGGUUCUCACCAGGUGUUGUUUCUUCUCAUAUACUGGAAAAUGGGUUCUCGCCGGGGUAUACAGAUUGGAUUUUCCACAGAGAUCCAACCUCUCAAACUAGUGAUUCUAGUUAUUCCCACCAAAAUGAUGAUGGACUAAGAGAAGUUGAUGCACAAGAGCAACACGGCGUUCAACAGUUUCUUGAGGAUAUGGCUGUUGGUUCUGAUGAGAUUGAAAAUUCAAGAUCAACCAGGGUAGAAAAUGAUUGGGGUGAUAGCUCCACUAUUGAUGAUGACACCCAACCAACUGAGGCAUAUGAAUAUGCCAAAAGGUUCCAUGAUUUAUUGGAAGAAUCUGACGAGGAACUUUUUAGUGGAUGUCGUAAGCAUAGCAAACUCUCAUUUAUCCUUGAGUUAUACAACAAGAAGUGUAUGUAUGGAUGGAGUGAUAAGUCUUUUGAGGACUUACUGACCACAAUGAGGGAGACGUUGCCUGAAGGGGAAAAACUUCCAGAGUCAUCUUACGAAGUCAGAAAGUUAAUUGAUGCAUUGGGUCUUGAUUACCAAACAAUCGAUGCAUGCCCAAAUGAUUGUAUGCUGUUCUGGAAAGAACAUAUUGAUGAGCCUAGAUGCUUACACUGUAAUGCAUACAGAUACAAGGAAGAGACUGAAAGUUCAUCGACUUCAAAAAGAAACAAGAUUCGAAAGGGAGUGAAAGUACUCCGUUGGUUUCCUCUGAUUCCAAGACUUCAAAGGUUAUUCAUGUGCAAAAAGACGGCUUCUUUAAUGAGGUGGCACUUUGAUGAACGCAGGGACGAUGGGUACUUGAGACACCCUGCGGAUGCUCGUGCAUGGAAAGAUUUUGAUAGUCGAUAUGCUGACUUUGCUAAGGAGCCGCGCAAUGUUCGACUAGGAUUGGCCACUGAUGGGUUUAACCCUUUUAGGUCAUUAAGUAGCACUCAUAGCAGUUGGCCAGUGGUUGUAACUGCCUACAAUCUGCCGCCCUGGUUAUGCAUGAAACAGUCUUCUUUGUUCUUGUGCUUACUCAUUCCUGGACCUAAAUCACCCGGAGCUAAUAUAGACAUCUACUUGGAGCCCUUUAUUGAAGAGUUGAUUCAUUUAUGGGAAAAAGGAGUUGAUACAUAUGAUGCUCACGCGAAGACUACUUUCAAGUUGCAUGCAUCGUUGCUAUGGACUAUAAAUGACUUUCCGGCUUAUAGCAUGUUAUCAGGUUGGAGAACGAAAACAGGCUAUGGAUGUCCAUGCUGUGGCUUCAAUACUUGGUCAAAAUGGUUAAAGCAUGGUAACAAAUAUUGUUUUUUGGGGCAUCGUCGUUUUUUAAGCUAUGAUCAUUCAUGGAGAAGAAAUAAGAAAUGUUUUGAUGGCACAGAAGAGUUGAGAGGACCACCUGUUCGGAUGACCGGAUCUUGCAUUCGUGAUUUAUGGGAUUCUAAUGGAUCAACAAGGGAUCUAAAUGGUACAAACAUAAACAUCACGGAGGGGUGCAAAAAGAAAAGCAUAUUUUUUCGUCUUCCUUAUUGGGAGUACAAUCGAGUUAGACAUAACCUUGAUGUCAUGCACAUUGAAAAGAAUGUAUGUGAUAACAUUUUAGACACAUUGUUAAGUGUUCGAGGGAAAACCAAGGAUAACGUGAAGGCUCGCUUUGAUAUGCAGGAAAUGGGUAUAAGACACACUCUUCACCCAUUUGAGUUGUCUACUGGGAAAUACAGAGCAGCCCCCGCUCUUUUUGAGAUGUCUUCGACAGAGAAAAAACAAAUGCUUCGUGUGCUAAAACAUGUGAAGGUACCUGAUGGUUAUUCUUCCAACAUAUCUCGUUGUGUAGAUGUGAAACACAAGAAGAUAAGUGGUUUGAAAAGUCAUGAUUGUCAUGUAUUACUACAUGAUUUGUUACCGGUAGCAGUGAGGGGAUGUCUGAAAGAUAGAGUAGCUAGAGCCUUAAUUGAUUUGAGUGCUUAUUUUAGAGAACUAAGUUCUAAAGUUCUUAAAGUAAGUCGUCUUGAGGAGAUGGAAGUAGAGAUUGGAGAAAUAUUGGCUCGUAUGGAGAUGAUAUUUCCUCCAUCAUUUUUUACUAUCAUGGUCCACUUGGUCGUACAUCUUGUAGAAGAGGCCAAAUGGAAUGGACCCGUGCAAUAUCGAUGGAUGUAUCCAAUAGAGAGGUACUUGAUGACACUCAAAGCUCAUGUUGGGAACAAGGCUUAUCCUGAAGCCUCAAUUGCUCAAUGGUACAUUGCAAAUGAAGCAAUUACAUUUUGCUCUAGAUACUUUGAAGGAGUCAGAACAAGAUUUAAUAAACCUGCAAGAAAUAGUGAUGACAUGGAUCUGUUGAGAACGGAAGAUUCCCCUGUGAACACUACUUCAGGUCAUCCCAUUGGAAAAGUAGAAAAUAUUAUCCUUAAUCCUACUUCUUGGGUUCAGGCUCACCGAUAUGUGCUAUACAACUCAAAGGAAGUUCUCCCAUACAUAGAGUGAGCCCUUCUAGUGUGCUUUAUAGCACCCAUGCUAUAAAAAAC